UUUGACUAUCUUUUGAACAUGGUCCGCUUAUCGACAAACCCAUUUGAAAACGUAAUUUUUAGAUUUUAUGAGAUCUUCAAAAACGGUGUCAUAUGUGAAAUCGCAUGCACCGCGCCUGCUCCUCACAAAGAUUUUCAUCACCUGCUAGUUACUACAAAAUCGUUCACUUUGCGUUCGUGGAAGAUUACACCAAGGAAUGAUGGGGCAAAGUAUCGGCCAACUGAACAAACUGUUUUGCGUGGAGACUUUUUACAUGAUGACCGAAUUCAAUCCGAAAUACUGCGUGUCCUUGGACCUGAAAUGCUGGACUACUGUCAAAAAAUUGGCCACUCCCCCGCACGACCUAAGUGUCCGGAUGGUUCUCCGCAAGUUUUACGUGUUCUCGGGGGGUAUGAGUUCGGCUAGUGCAGCGGCUGCUGGCCUUAUUACUUCACCGCUACGCACUGCUCACAUCAAAACUGCCGCAUCCUCAGCGGCCGCUGCAGUCUCCACUACCGGGUCGGAGCCUAAACCACGUUCGCCACCACCACCGCCUUCCCUGGUGAAGAUAGAGGUUUUUGUGGAUGGGAAGCCAGUUAUGUGUGACCCAAGAAUGACUGUGCUGCAAGCCUGUGCGGUCGCUGGUGUGCAGAUUCCCAGGUUUUGCUAUCAUGAACGUCUUUCCAUCGCUGGAAAUUGUCGAAUGUGCCUUGUUGAGAUUGAGAAAUCUCUUAAGCCGGUUGCAAGCUGUGCCAUGCGUGUGCUACGUGGUAUGAGCAUCAAGACAGACUCUCCAGCAACAAGGAAGGCUCGCGAAGGUGUUAUGGAAUUUCUUUUGGUUAAUCACCCCUUGGACUGCCCCAUCUGCGAUCAAGACGGCGAGUGCGAUUUGCAGGAUCAGUCGAUGAACUUCGGCUCUGACAGAUCGCGUUUUGUUGACGUGAUGUUUACCGGAAAACGAGCUGUUGAAGACAAAAACCUUGGUCCACUGAUCAAGACCAUAAUGAAUCGAUGCAUCCAUUGCACUCGUUGCGUAUGCUUUGCGAACGAGGUUGCUGGUGUUCCCGGACUCGGAACAACUGGCCGGGGGAACGAAUUGCAAAUUAGUACCUACAUCGAUCGACCCUUUCUCAGCGAGGUUUCUGGUAAGGUUAUCGAUCUUUGUCCAGUGGGCGCGCUUACUUCAAAGCCUUAUUCAUUCACCGCCAGACCUUGGGAAACACGCCGUAUCGAGUCCAUCGAUGUGAUGGAUGCCUUGGGUACUAACACUAUAAUUUCGAUGCGCACAAACGAGGUUCUCCGAAUUAUUCCUCGUUUGAACGAGCAUAUAAACGAAGAAUGGUUGGCUGACAAAGGGCGCUUCUCUUACGACGGUCUACAUCGUCAGCGCUUAGUCGUACCCAUGGUGCUCGAUUAA